AUGGAGUUGAAGAAAUUGAGUAAAGAAUUGGAAGCUAGUAAAGGGAAUGCAGAGAAGUUGAAUGAGAAGUUGAAAUCUGUGGAAGAAGAAAAGGCCGGGUUAGAAUCAGAAAUGAAGAAGCUAAGGGUGCAGACAGAACAAUGGAGAAAAGCAGCAGAUGCUGCAGCUGCAGUGCUUGCAGGAGGUUUUGAUAUGAGUGCUGCUGCUAGGGUUCCUGAAAGGUGUGGUUCAAUGGAUAAGCACUUUGGUGGUGGAACAUUUGAGACACCUGGUGGAAGGUAUCAUGGAUAUGUAGGUUCUCCUGGUAUGGUUGAUGAUCUGGAUGAUGGUUUUGGUAGUGGAAAAAAGAAGGGUUCUUCUGGUAUUAGAAUGUUUGGUGAUUUAUGGAAGAAGAAAGGCCAAAAGUGA